AUGUAUGUGAAAUGGUUUGAUAUAGUAAUGUUUUACUAUGUGAUUUUAGUGAAUGUCACUUUUUGUCAUUUUCAAAUUUCCCGCCGUUCUGUCCCCCGUACAUCCCGACGCUCGCAGGGGACGGAACCCAGAUGACAGAUGCUGACAUCCGCCGGAUUAUAUUGCCGAGGACACUGCAGGAGGGACAUCGCGGGAGCGCAGGACAAGGUAAGUGAUCGAGGGAUCGUGGAGCAGUGCCGCAUGGUAAGCCCAAGUGUAGCUCGGGGUUACCGCUUGUGCUACAAUCGGGAAUACCGCCAGGGAGGUUAAGAUAA